AUGUCUUCCUCUACAGCAGCUGGUGCACGUUCCAAAUGUUCCAAAUCAAAUGCUAAUUCUGAAAUGAACAAAGCCAGUGAUACUACCAUAAGCCCCAGCAGCACAAGCAGUGCAACUACAACCAACUCGCAGCCUGACAAUAGUGUCAAGAAUGAGAAGAAGAAAAAGUCUAUCCUUCCAAAGAUUUUCGGAUCAAGGAAAAAUGGGAGAGGCUCUGACGAAGAUACAUUCAAAUCAAACGUAGAAGGAGAUGGAGUUACUCUUGAUUUGGAGAAGAAGAUUGAAUCCAGAAGAAAAGCAUUCUUGGAAGCUUCCCCUGUCAUGAAAAAAAGUUUCUCAGAAAGGGAGACUAGCCCUGGGAUCGAAGGCCUAAAUUUGUCCAAUUUUGAACGGCCUAUGGCUCCGGAAACUGAAAUUCAGAGUUUCAGGAUCUUUGUUGCAACGUGGAAUGUAGGAGGAAAGUCACCAAACUAUGACCUCAACCUUCAAGAUUUCUUACUGGUGGAGGGCUCCGCAGAUAUAUAUGUAUUGGGGUUUCAGGAAAUUGUUCCUCUAAGUGCAGGGAACGUUUUAGUAAUUGAAGACAAUGAACCUGCUGCAAAGUGGCUGGCAUUGAUAAGUCAAGCACUAAACAGACCAAAAAAUGAAUAUAGCGAUUCAUCUGAUUCUGGACCUGGCUCCAAAACCCAAAACAACACAAAGGAAUCAAAGUCACCAGCAAGUUUGAAUUUCUUUCAGAAGCCUUCUCUUAAAGUUAUCAGUAAGAAUUUCAGGGCAGAAGGUAGCAGCCUUCUCAAGGCUUGCAAUUGCCCUGUGGAAUCUCCAUCCAGAGAGAGACGGAGGAUAAGAAAGUUUAGUGACCCUAUAAAUAAGUUAGAUUCUGAGGUUCGUGGUGAUAGUACAGUGGAAGAGCUACUUUCAAUUGCAGAGAUACCCUCUUCUCCAGGCCAAACCAAAUACUCUCUUAUAUCAAGUAAGCAAAUGGUUGGGAUUUUUCUCACCAUAUGGACUAAAAAGGAGUUAUUACCACAUAUUGGCCAUCUUAGAGUAGACUCUGUCGGGAGAGGAAUCAUGGGUUGCCUUGGUAACAAGGGGUGUAUAUCAAUGAGCAUGUCAUUACAUCAAACAAGCUUUUGUUUCGUCUGUAGUCACUUAGCUUCUGGGGAGAAAGAAGGUGAUGAGCUGAAGAGGAAUGCUGAUGUAGCUGAGAUCCUCAAAGGCAUACAAUUCCCUAGGAUUUGCAAGAAUCCUUGCCGUAGAGCACCAGAAAAGAUAGUUGAUCAUGAUCGACUAAUUUGGCUAGGAGAUUUGAACUAUAGGGUGGCUUUGAGUUAUGAUGAAACGAGGGUUCUGUUGGAGGAUAAUGACUGGGACACUUUGUUAGAGAAAGAUCAAUUGAACAUGGAAAGAGACGCAGGAAGGGUUUUUAGUGGUUUCAAAGAGGGAAGGAUCUUUUUUGCCCCCACUUACAAAUAUUCACAAAAUUCAGACUGUUAUGCUGGUGAGACUGUCAAGUCAAAGAAGAAACGUAGAACACCAGCAUGGUGUGAUAGGAUACUAUGGCGUGGCAACGGAAUUGAACAAUUAGCAUACAUCCGUGGAGAAUCAAGAUUUUCUGACCACAGACCUGUUUGUGCUGUCUUCUCAGUGGAUGUGGAAGUAAGAAGCAGAAACAACAGAUUCAGGAAGGGCUAUUCCUACACUAGCCCAAGACUUGAAUAUGAAGACUUGAUACCUCAAAGGCAUAGUUUCUAUGAUUAUUAAUAUAAAACUCAAAUUAAGCUUGUAUAUUUCCUUAGGUUCAAUAGAAGAAUGAUCUGUCACCUCUCUUUAUUUCCUUUCUAUUUUGUCCCCGUCGUACUCACCUCACCAAGGUGUCCAUAGCUAGCUAGAAUAUUAACUAUAUAAAAGAGCAAAGCAAUGAUAUAUGCAACUGGCUAAGGAGUGACUGCAAUCUUUGUUAUCAAACUAUUGAUACUCGUAGAGUUUGAUGUAAAUAGAG